AUGCAGGGUCUGGAGGUCCGCAAGGAGCUGCUGGAGUUCGGCCUCCUGCCGAUCGGCCUGCUCCUACCCGGCCUCGACACGCUGUCGGCGAUCAUCGACUUGCACUUGGGCCUGCUGGCGUCUGCCCGCCGACUCGAUGGGAGAGAAGGAAUCGUGGAUGUGGGGGCAGUUAUGCAUAUGCUGAGGCUCUCAUCCAAUCUCUGGCGAGUGCUCUUGGAUGCCCUGGAGGCUGUCACAGCUGGGCCUGCGACUUUCCGGCAGAAUGACAAGCCGGAGGCGAUCGCAGUCGAUGUGCACAUCUUGUCCUUGUUUCUUGUGGCUCAACUCUACGGGAAGUCUGCACAGAGAUGGGACUUGAGCAGUGCUUGGCCCGAGAAUAUUGGGAUGGAAAUGCCAUCGCCGAGGGGCAGUGGGGUACACCAAGAGACUGCCAAGCAUGACACACAUCGCCGCCUCCUCGCCCAGCAGUCCAUCCUCAACUUCCCUUCUUUCCUUCGCCGCAACAUCUAUGCAUUGCUGUGCCUAGCAAUGGACGAGGCGCCACCUCGUGCAUCUCCAUUGUGGACUACUGCAGCUCGAACAACCUCAAGCUCGAAUCCAAAUCCCAGCAAGAAAGGCCAGGAGCCAAAGCUGUGGAUGACAGCUGCGGAGGUUGACAGACUUGGCCUGUUCCUGAAGCCAGAGGGCAGUGACAUAAACAUGAAUGGAGCUGGGAACCUUGGGGCAAGAGCUUCUGGAAUCAGCGAGUGGAAGAAGCUGAGCUCAUGGAUUCCUAUGUACCGUGGAAAACAACCUGGCCAUGUGGUGUCUGGUGAAGAAAUCGCGGCGUGGCUCAUUGCAAAUAUCGCGGAUGCUCCUGCAGCAGCCGAAGAGCCAGCCGAAAGUCCCGAAGAGCUCGAGAAAUCCGGCCACAUCCGUGACCUUGGCAAGGGCACUGUCGUUCGCGGGGAGGAUUGCUUCCCUGGCAGGCACCUGCUCAUCACAGACUGCAAGGAUGCUUGCAUAUACGCCCUUGCCCCACUGUCUCUGGCCAAGAUAUCAUCAUGCACAGAUUGUGUCAUCGUCGUUGGCGCAGUUGCUGGGGUCCUUCAUCUAGAGGACUCUUCCCGCAUCCACCUCGUUGCGGCCUGCAGGAGGCUGUACAUCUCAUCGUGCUACGACUGUGUCCUGCACCUGGGGACAAACCGCCCUCCUGUGUUCUGCGGAGACAACCGGUUCGUGCAGCUAGCACCCUACAACACUGGCUAUGAACGACUGCCUCUGCACCUGGAGAUCGCAGGGAUCUCCAGGCACAACAUGUGGGACCAACCGUCGUUUCUGAAGAGCCUGAGGGGAUCCAUGGAUCUGGAUCAAGCUAUGCACGGUGGCGGCAGCAGCGCCUGGAAGGAGGGGCCUGAGAGGACGGGAGUCGAUCAAAUCCAAGCGAAGAAGGUGCUGCUGCCCCCUGACAAGCUGAGUCCAUUCACGAUACCUUUCCGGGGUGGUCCAGGCCCCUUGGCGGGGGGCGCUGCUAGCGGGCCAUCCCACGGCUUGCAGGGCCGAGGCUCUGGCGGCGCUGCAGUCAACGCAAGGCAGGUGUCGCUGCCAUUUGCGCUGCCGUCGCAGUAUGCAGAGGCCAUGGUCAAAAAGCUGCGCAAGGUAGCGGAGCUGCAGGGGUCCCUUGGUCAGGCCAUCGUGGACACUUCCAACCGCAGGGCACUACAGGUCGCCAUACAAGGAUACUUCAAGGAUUGGCUUUUCUCAAGCGGCCGAAUCCGACAAGUGUAUGACCUCGCAAAGUUGGAGCAGCAGGCCCUCGGGGAGCAAACGAACUCGAAUUCAAGUUCCAAGUCGAAUGCAAAGCCGGGACGCCAGUGA